AUGACUCAAUAUCAUUCAUAUGGUGUCACUAUGAGUGAUAAUCAAGAGGCAAAAUUGGCAAGAGCAUUCAAAGAAAAAUCACCCACUAUUCUGCGGCUCUCAAAUGAUGAGCUACAAGUCAGUGAUGAGUUGAUCCUCAGACACAACUCAAAAAUAUUGAGAAAGCAAUUACCUCUGGUGAAAGUGUUGAUGACAGGAUAUCAAAGACAAAUUCGUCACGUUGCAAGGAAAGAAGGCCCAUUGUUCAGUACUCUUUUGAUUGCAGCACUGUGCAGUCAGCUCGGCCGGCGGUAAUUAAUACAAGUGCUUAGCGCCCGCGUCCCUUUUUCUUUGCUUGGUCGCCAUUUUUUUCCUUUGGCUUUCACGUGUUUUAGCUAAGUCAUUUCUAGCUAUUUUGUAAUCGUGAUCCAUCGAAUCUAUGAUUUCGAAGUAUACAACGUAAACGGUGUGGAGAUUUCUUUAGUGUCGCGCUUGAUUAUUCUAAGUUAGAUAAUUGCAUGAUUAACCUUUUAUUUCGUUUCUAUAGAAUGUUAUCUCAAGGCUCUGUGAAUAAACUUCGUUGGGAUUAACGUUUUUGAAACUCCUCCGUUUAUGUGUGCGAGAGGCAGCCUCAACUCUUGUGAGUCUUGGCACAAAAGUGCCACUAAUGACAAAUAAUCUCACCUCGAAGGUAGUUCCCGGGAUUGCAACUAAUGCAUUGAGUAGCCUUGGUAAUUUUGAAAUGGAUAAGAUUCUCGGACAAGGUUGGUAUAACAACAAGAGCCGAAGAGGUGGUUUCCUUAUUCCCCAGAAUAAAAUUGAUCAAUUGAUCACACACUGGAACUUGCUGACCGAGAAAACAGAAAGAACAGAUUCUAUCAGCUCUUUAAUCUGGUGA